CAUCUUUUGUUGGUGGUGUAUUUCUCUCAGGCUGAGGAGCUGGUGUGUCGCCAGAGAGGAGAUGCUGAGAACCCACAACUAUUUAAGGAUGGGGACAUUAUUCUGGGGGGGAUCUUCAAUUUCCACAGCUGGAAAGACAAGCAGCAUACCUACAUGCAAAAACCACUGCCACUGGAAUGCACCAGUGUGAAUUUCAGAGGGUUCCAGUUUGCCCAGGCUAUGAUUUUUGCCAUUGAGGAAAUUAAUAACAACACAGACCUACUACCUGGCAUCUCCCUGGGACAUAAAAUCUAUGAUAACUGUGACUCUAUUACCAGAAGUGUGAAGGUUGCACUGACCUUGGCUAAUGGUAAUGAAGUUGUGUCUGCACCCACUGAGGCACCAUGUACCAGACCUGCAGAAGUGCAGGCCAUUAUAGGAGGGACCUCUUCCUCUCCAUGCAUGGCUAUGGCUGCUGUCAUCGGACCGUUUCAUCUCCCACUGGUGGGUAAUUUGGCCGUCUGUGCUUGUCUCAGUGACAAAACCAAAUACCCAUCCUUCCUCAGAACAAUACCCAGUGCCCACUAUCGGAGCAUAGCUGUGGCCCAGUUGGUCAAGCACUUUGGUUGGACUUGGGUUGGAGCUAUUAGAAGCAAUAAUGAUUAUGGCAAUAAUGGCAUGGCUACAUUCACAGAAAGUGCACAGCAGCUGGGCAUCUGUCUGGAGUAUUCUGUGUCUUUCUUUAGAACAGAUUCAUCAGCAAAAAUUAAAAUGACAAUUGACAUUAUUAAGGCUUCCACCUCCAAGGUGAUUGUAGCUUUUCUCUCAGCCUUAGAUAUGGAUGUGUUAAUAGAUGUGUUGUCUUACCACAAUGUUACUGGGUAUCAGUGGGUUGGAAGUGAAGGAUGGAUCUUUGAUUCCCAAAGUGCAGAAAAGAAUAAACAUCACAUUCUGGAUGGUGCCAUCGGCCUGUCCAUCCCCAAAGCACAUGUCAGUGGCAUGACAGAGUUCAUAUUAGAUGUGAAACCACUCAAUUCAUCCAGUAAUGAAUUGUUUACAGAGUUCUGGGAGACUUUAUUUAACUGUAAGUUCAAACAGUCAAACUCAUCAGCAGAGAAUCAGAGAGAAUGUACUGAACAUGAAGAUCUGACUGGAGUGCAAAACAGCUUCACUGAUAUGUCAUACAUGCCCCUAUUUAAUAAUGUCUAUAAAGGAGUGUAUGCUGUGGCACAUGCACUUCAUAUUAUUCUUGGCUGUAAUAAAACUUGUGACUACAAAGUGCAGCUAGAUCCACUCAUGAUUUUACAGCACAUAAGAAAGAUUAAUUUCAAAACCAAGGAAGGAGAUGAGGUUUACUUUAAUGAGAAUGGAGACCCAGCAGCAAAGUAUGAAAUUAUAAACUGGCAGCCAACAGAAAAUGGCAUUGUGGACUUUGUCACAGUUGGUCUUUAUGAUGCAUAUUUACUUGCAGACAAACAGCUGAGUCUGCAACAUAAGUCUUUAAUUUGGGCACAGAACUCAAAACAGGUGCCUAUGUCAGUUUGCAGUGAGAAAUGCCCCCCAGCGACUCGCAAGUCUCUCCAGAAAGGAAAACCCAUCUGCUGCUAUGACUGUAUCAGAUGUCCAGAGGGAGAAAUAAGCAACAUGACAGAUUCUGUCACCUGUGAGCGAUGCCACCCUGAAUCCUGGUCCAAUGACAGAAGAGAUGCCUGUGUAAAGAAGGAGGCAGAGUUUCUAUCAUAUGAAGAAAUUAUGGGAGUACUGCUCACUGCAGCAGCCUUAUUUGGAACAUGCAUGACUGCUGUUGUGGCAGCCAUUUUCUUCAGAUACAGGACAACUCCUAUUGUCAGGGCCAACAACUCUGAGCUGAGCUUCCUGCUGCUCUUCUCCUUGACUCUGUGUUUCCUGUGUUCUCUGACCUUCAUCGGCCGGCCCUCUGAGUGGUCCUGCAUGCUGCGACACACAGCAUUCGGCAUCACCUUUGUCCUCUCUCUGUUCAAAAUUCAUCCCAUUGUGGUCACAAAAGGGAACCUUAAACCACCCUUGUCCGCUCUGACAAGUGUAAGAGACUUGCAGCUGCCAAUAGCAGUACCUGAAAAGCAAUCUCCAGGAAACCACAACAGGAACCAGGGCUUAGCAACGCUCAUAGUGACAGGUGUAGACGGGAAGUGA